ACAGUUUAUACGGUUAAGAACUGGUGUCAAUCAUCAGUCUAGUGGUAGUUUGCAAAAGCUGAGCGAGCAAAAGUGGGAAGCCGAUACCAUCCAGAACCCUAGAUGGAGCUCCUAACCUUGCACUCCUCCUGCAGUGGCCUCCAAUUGAGUACUCCGUCGCUCCAUUUUCAAGCGGUACCUCGGAGUUUCGGCCUCCCCAGCUUCCCACAUUCCUUAUCCACUCGUCACAAUCCCAGCCUCUUCCGCUUCCACCCACCUCUUUCUGCAUCCCUUCCGUCUCGCGCUCCCUUCCCAAAUUCUCUCUCCUCAAUUUGCUCUGUGGCCAACGAUGGCACUCUCCUUUCAACGACAAAGGAUGCUGUGAUUGAUCCCUCUUUUGCAGUGAAGAACAAAGCAAUGGAUAUGUCUACAGAACUGAAAGGAACUUCAAUAUUUCUAGUGGGAAUGAAAAGCUCAAUAAAAACAAGUUUGGGGAAGCUUCUAGCGGAUGCAUUACGCUAUUAUUAUUUCGACAGUGACAGUUUGGUUGAGGAAGCUGCUGGAGGUGCAUCUGCUGUUAAAUCUUUUAAGGAGAGCGACAAAAAGGGAUUUCAUGAGUCUGAGACUGAAGUAUUGAAGCAGCUGUCAUCCAUGGGACGAUUGGUGGUUUGUGCUGGAGAUGGCGCAGUUCAGAGUUCUACUAAUCUGGCGUUUCUGAGACAUGGAAUUUCAAUAUGGAUUGAUGUACCCUUAGACAUGGUAGCCAGAGGGGUGUUUGAAAACCAGUCUCAACUUUCUGAUUCGGAAUUAUUUGCUUCUGAAGCUUAUUCAGAGGUCUUGACUCAGUUAACAACUUUAUAUGAGGAAACGAGAGGUGGAUAUGCCACAGCAGAUGCAACUGUUUCACUACAAAAGGUUGCUUGCCAAUUAGGUUAUGAUGAUCUUGAUGCUGUAACCACGGAAAACAUGACUUUAGAGGUUCUCAAGGAGAUUGAAAAACUGACAAGAGUUAAGAAGAUGAUGGAAUCAGCAGCGAGACCCUUCUAGGCAGCCACGGCUCUGCUCCUGUAUGUAAAUCACCUGUGGUGACUAUCAACAUUUCAACCAGAUGUAAUGGGAUAACCGUACUAGAGAGCUUUUUCUGCUUGUCUUGGUGGGUCAGCACAUAAGUUUUUUCUCUGUUUGAGUAACAUGUAAUAUUUAUGUGUACAGAAAACAAGCCCUUUUACUUGUAACAGAUUUUAUUCAAAUCCGUCAAUAUAAGAUGUCUUGUGAUACAUUUA